UUAUUCGAGCACCACAAGGCACUGGAUGAAAAGGUGCGCCAGCGUUUAAGGGUCACGAUAGAUCGUGUGAGGCAGUUGGAAGAGGAACUAACCUUGGCCCAUCGCCGUCUUGCCGGAGAGGAUUUUGCUCAGGAGGCCGAGAUUAAGAGCCAAGUAGAUGGCGGCCAGUAUGGAGAAGUAAGUUUUCUUCUCCGUAAUCAAAUAAUUAUUACUAAAUACGUAACAUUUCUGAUGGAACUUAUCAAUCCCCCAUUGAAAUAG